AUGCAGAAUCCUGAGGGGGUCCAAGUGGAUGGGGAAGUGGAGUCCGCAGCAUCGGUUGCAACACCCGAGUUUGAUGAGUGGGCAAAUUUUGGGGACCAAGAUAUCAUGCAGCAGCACUCCGCGAUUCGAGCAGAGGAGGCUGAGAAAAUUCCCUUUCUUGGGGACAAGGAACCACUCUCAUCGCUGGCAUCUGAAUAUCGAUCAGGCAGCGCUAUCUUGUUGGAGAAAAUAAAGCUUCUCGGUGAACAAUAUGCUGCUAUUCGGCGAACAAGAGGAGAUGGGAACUGCUUCUUCCGAAGCUUUAUGUUUUCAUACCUUGAGCAUAUUUUGGAAUCACAAGAUCAAAGUGAAGUUGACCGUAUCAAGGCCAAUGUUGAACAGUGCAGAAAAACACUUCAAAGCUUGGGUUACGCAGACUUUACUUUUGAGGAUUUUUUUGCGUUAUUCCUUGAGCAGCUGGACAGUGUUCUUCAAGGAAAUGAAGAUUCCAUAAGUCAUGAUGAGCUCAUACGUAGGAGCCGAGAUCAGUCAGUAUCUGACUAUGUUGUGAUGUUUUUCAGAUUUGUUACCUCUGGCGAAAUACGGAAACGCUCAGAGUUUUUUGAACCUUUUAUAUUCGGAUUGACCAAUGCAUCUGUAGAGCAGUUUUGCAAGUCAGCCGUGGAACCAAUGGGUGAAGAAAGUGACCAUGUGCACAUCACUGCCCUGUCAGAUGCACUUGGCGUGCCAAUCCGUGUGGUGUACCUAGACCGUAGCUCAUGUGAUAAUGGUGGUGUUAGCGUGAAUCAUCAUGAUUUCGUUCCUGCUGGAAGCGAUGCUCCAAAAGCUAGUGAGGGCUCUGAGAAAGUGACUCCCUCUAUUACCUUGCUAUAUCGCCCAGGCCACUACGAUCUUCUCUACCCGAAGUGAUGCUCUCACCUGUUCCUGUAAGUACAUCUUGCAUAUGUUCAAGGGCUCUCAUUUAGUUGGAGAAUGUAACUUUGCUCUGAACUGUUGAAAGUAAGUGAGACCAGAAACACAACAUUGCCUGAAAAAAAAAGGGAAAUCGGUUUAGGACUGCCAUCUGUAAGAGAGCAGGACGUAAUUUCAUCAACGAUAAGAAAUUGCAAUUUAAAUAGUGGCUGUUGCUUCUGUAAUGGAUGUUUGCAAUUUGAAAAGGAACUGUUGCUUUGAUUUC